CCUGCAGGGGGCGCCCGGGCCCCGCCGAGCCCGAGCGGAAGAGUGGAGGUUGUAUACAGCCAGGCGCAGCAGGCCGUUUGGACUGUCGGAGCGGCUUCCCGGAGGCGAGUCGGCGGCGCAGCCGGAUCCGGUUUGGGCGCGGGGCUGAGCCUACGCGUGCGAGCGGCGGGUAUGCGCGGCGCGGGGAGCCCCGGGUUUGCAGGCCUGCGUCUUGCUUGGAGCUCAGGGCAUCUCCGGCUUUGCCGUCUGCGGGGCCCAGCGCCGUGCCGCGUGGCCGAGUACCAGCUUCGGGGGUGGAGAUUCGGGGGCUUGAACCCAGGGCCUGCGUACUGAGCUGCCGCCGCGGCCCUUUUUACUUUGUGUUUUGAACAGGAGCUGCCCUAGAGUGGUUGCCGAGCUGGGUUUGAAUUUGCCCACCUCCUGCCUCAGCCUCCUGGAUAGCUGAGAUUACAGGCGUGGACCACCACAACGGAUUCUGUGACCUUGUGCAAGUUUAGCUCUCAGUUCCUCCUGCGUGAAAUGGACGUAGGCUCUGCACCUCCGGCUGCAAUAAAGGUCUAUCCCAGGUGUCAAGGGUUGGCUCCCACUUGGCACACCUAGGCCUCUAGCUGCUGGUGUGAUGAGAAAGUGUGAUUUGCUGUCUUACUCAGGCAAGCCACUCAGUAAGCCUGGGGACAGACUCCACUUUGUGGGAAACCACAGAGAUGGAAACAUCAACAUCUGAGACCAAAAAGAGGAUCCUUCCCUCAUGGAUGACAGCCCAGGUGGCUGAGAAGAGGACUGUGCCAAUGAAGACCUCCAAAAGGAGGAGGACAGUGGAGCCGGCAAAGGCAGCGAGUUGCCUUGCAGUGAAGACCGUGUACUGCAUGAAUGAAGCAGAGAUGGUGGACACAGCCUUGGGGAUCUUGCUUGAGGGCCGCAGAUGGGAGAAGCCACAGGAAAAGCUGGCUGGGGGGAGCUCUGAGAAGCCUGAGCUCUGCCGCACCGGCCCCUGGUCUCCUCACACGAGUUCUGGUGGUAACAGUGGGGAAGAGGAUAGUGGGAAUGACAGUCCUGCCCUGAGCCUUAGUCCUACCCAGAGGCCAGGGACUUCCACCUCUGCCUGUAGCAGAAACCCUGAGCAGGAAGAGGAAGAGGAGGAGGAGGAGGAAGAGGAGGAGAAGGACGAUGUGUUCAAGUACGUCAAGGAGAUAUUUUUCAGCUAAGGGAUGAGCUGACUGUUGGGCUUUCUGCUGAGUGAAGCCAGGCACAGCCGGGGCUGCUGAGCCAGACCUGGCUGGGUCAUCUUAGCUCAGAAGCCUGGAUGAUGCUCCGCAUCUUGGGGACUCCUGAGCUGUGCCCACUCGUGGCCUAAUGGAUCUAGAAUCCCAGGCAUUUGUUGUGUGAAGCUACCAGGUUCCAGGGGAAACGAGGCUGUGGAGCUCAGCUUACUGGAACCAGCGACAGCCCGCCACUCUUCAGCAUGCUGGGAUGUGCAGCCUUCACUCAGCGCCAUCUCGGGAAGCCUCCGUCCCCACCCAGGCGGUCAUCUGUCA